AUGGCCGAAGCCGUCUUCAGGCACAUCGCCAGCAGCAGGGACGGCAAGACGGUGACCUUCUCGAAGCUGGACUCUGCGGGGACAUGUGCAGCGCAUCUUCACGACCCUCCGGACCCGCGGACGAUGUCGACGCUGAAGAAACACGGCAUCACGGACUUCACACAUGCAGCCCGCCGAGUCAGGACGUCCGACUUCACCGAGUUUGACUACCUCAUCGCCAUGGACCAGGAGAACUACGACUCGCUGAUGUACUCCCGCAGCAGAGUCAAGGAGGAGGGGAAGCUCGCCGAGGUGAGGAUGUUUGGAGACUUUGACGCCGACAGGCUGGCCGGCGGCGGCGGCAGAGGGGAGAGCGAGGAGGUGCCUGACCCUUACUACGGAGGCAGAGACGGCUUCGACCGUGUCUAUGACAUGGUCACCCGGCUGUCCAACGGGUUUAUAGACUAUCUGGAGAAGAAGCAUGCCGUUGAUGCCGCCAAUUAG